AUGGCGGACGCUUCAGAGGACCGUCCUGACAUCCCCGAUCGCAAACAGCGAAAGUCGGUCGUAUUCAACUCAGAGGCCAUCGUUGUCGAAGCAGACGGCAAAGUCACCACCAUGGCGUCCACCGAAGAGCCCAAGGAUACCGCCCAGUCCCAUUCUCCCAGUACGCCGCCGUUGUCUGCCGCCCUUGGCGCUUUUACUGACCCCAGCCAAGCCCCCGCCGACGAUGCGCCCGCCGACGAGCCUGGCUUGGACCUCUCCUCCAUGAAGAAGAAGAAGAAGAAGGUCAAGGCCCCCGAGGAGGCCGACGGAGCCGAGGCCCCGGAGGUUGGCGAGGACGGGCUGGCUCUGCCCAUGAAGAAAAAGAAGAAGAAGAAGGUCACCAAGGACGAGGCCGACGAGCUGGCUGCCAAGAUCGCCGCCCUCGAGGUCGACAAGGAGGGUGGCGAGGACGAGGCCGAGGUCGAGCAGGAGGAGCAGUCCGGCGACAUGGACCAGGGCACCGGCAUCUGGCAGCAUGACGAGACCAAGGCCAUCAGCUACGACCUGCUGCUCAGCCGCUUCUUCAGCCUGCUGUCCCAGAAGAACCCCGACCACGCCUCGAGCGGUUCCCGCAGCUACAAGAUCCCCCCGCCCCAGUGUCUGCGUGAAGGCAACAAGAAGACCAUCUUCGCCAACAUCCAGGAGAUCUGCAAGCGCAUGAACCGGACGUCGGAGCACGUGGUCCAGUACCUGUUCUCCGAGCUGGGUACCAACGGUUCCGUCGACGGCAGCAACAGAUUGGUCAUCAAGGGUCGUUUCCAGCAGAAGCAGAUUGAGAACGUGCUGAGGAAAUAUAUCCUUGAAUAUGUCACGUGCAAGACUUGCAGAUCGCCCAUCACCGAGCUCAACAAGGGAGAGAACCGUCUGUACUUCUUGACCUGCAACUCGUGCGGUUCUCGCCGCUCCGUCCAGGCUAUCAAGACUGGUUUCUCUGCCCAGAUCGGCAAGAGAAGAAAGAUGCGUGCUUAA